UAAGAAUCCUUUCCAUAACCCCAACCAGCAUCUCUUUAAUAUGUUCGAACUCCUUUUCCUUCUCGUAUUUAUUCUCAUUCCAAGACUUUGAUCCCACAUGUUCAAGCAGUGGCCUGGUAAUGCAUAUGCCAUUUCAAUGAAGUAGAUGAAAGGCUGCAUUAAGCUACAGAGAGAAUCUUGGAAAUAAUUUCAGCAUACAAGACAAGACUCCAGCUUUUCAUCGCCUAUAUUCUCUCGUUUAUGCUUUUCUUGCAUUUUUGGUUCUUAUUUUUACAGCAUACCCAAAACACUCGGUGCUUAUAAAAAUCGUCUAGAAGUUCACAGAAGCUCAUCUAACAUGAUACGGAAGGAGCUCUUCCGGAGAAAAUGGGCGUCAGAGAAAUCCAAGUGGCAGGCAAAACCCUUACAAUCCACGAACUCGAGGACGUCUGCGACUCAGUCACCGGCCGAGCACUCACCGGGUCGUGGGUUUGGGAUUCUGCCCUGGUGUUGUCCGAUUGGAUAGCUACUCAGAACUUUGAUUUCCAUGAGAAGACCGUCCUCGAGCUUGGCGCCGGGGCUGGACUCCCCGGCUUAACGGCUGCUCUUCUCGGUGCCAGGCGAGUCGUGCUCACCGACAUUGGGCCAUUACUUCCUGGGCUGAUAAGGAAUGUGGAAGCCAACGGGCUGCAGGACCGAGUCGAGGUGAAGGAAUACGUUUGGGGAUCGGACAAGUCAACGAGUCAGUCCGGGGACUUGGACGAGUUCAACCUGGUCUUGAUGUCGGACGUGUUUUUCGACACGGAGGAAACGGCUGCCCUGGCGAAAACGCUGAAAAGGGUAUGUGGGGAAAGGAAAGAUACCGUGGUUUGGGCGGCAUGCGAGGUUCGUCCAUGGACCGCUGAGUGCCUGAAUGCGUUGGCGACUCAGGGCUUUGGGGUCAUUGAGUUGUCGAGUCAGUUCAAUCCCUCCAACACCUCCAAUUCGCUGGAAGAAGAGAGUUUUGACAUGUUCGCCAUUUUCCAACUAAUACCACCGAACCAAGAGACCGACGUUGAAGCUGCCGCUCCCUAUUCAUUUCUGUAGUUUUCACUACAGUAAUUUUGCUUCUCUCUUCCCUACAGUUCGAAAGAAUGAAAAAAACCUUUUUGCACUUCUUG